AUGAUGUCGUGUAACCGGCCCACGCGUUUCGAGGACGUGCCUCGCACCCCCAAGGCGCAAACUGAAUACGAACCAAGUACGCCCGAAAACACCGAGACCAACAUGCCAGGGAAAAGUGAGUUGUCAGAAUUUGAACAGCAGCGCUUGGCAAACAUUGCCGAGCGUGAUGCCCUGUUGAAAAAACUCACGCUUGAAUCGCAAUCGUCGGGGUUAUUCGCAAGCCCCAAGACCCCCGGCAGCAAUGGCGGCAAACCGAAAAAGCGCCCGACUCCUAAAGUGAAAACUGAGGAAGAUACCAUAACUCCCCGGCGGACAUCCUCGCGCCUCAAGGGCAUUGCGGCCGAAAGUGAAGUAGCGAAGCGCAAGGCCGACGAGGAGUAUGAGGCGAUGCGCGAAGCGGAUCGAAUCAAGAGGAUGCGCCGGACAGACUCGUUCAGUCAGGCAGACAUGUUCGUUUCGGGCCAAAAGCUUGAUGCCGAUAGCCUGAUCGGCGUGGAUGUCAUCACCAAAGGUGUUGCGAAGCCCUAUGAAAGGACCUUCGGAGACGACGAAAUUGAGAAGACGACGGACAAAGACCUGAAGGCUCUUCGGGAGGAGAUGAAUGGGCUUCAAUUGUGGGAAUCUUGGGACCCUCAACGGAUCAAGAUUACCCCGGAGCGUGUGUACAGCAUGGCUUUUCACCCGUCCGAAUCCAAACCUCUUAUUUUUGCAGGAGACAAGCUGGGCCAUCUUGGCAUGUUGGAUGCUUCUCAGGAAAAACCCUUGGCGGGCGAAGACGACGAUGAAGACGAUGACCCAGAUCCAAUCCUCACAACACUCAAGCCACAUACCCGGACCAUCAGCGCAAUGAUGGUCAAUCCCUCAAAGCCGACACAUCUUUAUACGGCAAGUUAUGACAGUUCGAUUCGGUCACUGGAUUUGGAAAAAAUGGUAUCUUCGGAGACCUAUGCUCCCGAAUCCACCAACAUCGACGAGGCUCUUUCCGGAGUAGACAUGGCACCUGAUGAUCCUAACACCUUGUACUGGACUACGCUGCAAGGUGGAUUCGGGCGUUAUGAUACGCGCACGCCUCGGAAAGACAGUAACGUGUCGAACUGGGAUCUUUCUGAAAAGAAGAUCGGGGGCUUCACAUUGUGUCCCUCCCAGCCAAAUUACUUCGCAACGGCAAGCCUGGAUCGGUUCCUGAGAUUAUGGGACCUGCGCAAGCUGUCGGCACAUGACCCCACUCCGGUAGCUGAGCACGAAAGCCGGCUGUCAGUCUCUCACGCAGCUUUCAAUGCUGCUGGGCAGAUUGCGACGUCGUCAUACGAUGACACGUUGAAAAUCUACGAUGUUGGUGCAAAGGGCCUCUCCUCGUGGAAGCAGGGCCACAAGCUUGGAGAAAAGGACUUUACUCCCGAUACAGUGGUCCGCCACAACUGCCAGACCGGCCGCUGGGUUACAAUUCUCCGCCCUCAAUGGCAGCUGAACCCACAGUCUCCCAUCCAGCGGUUCUGCAUUGGCAAUAUGAACCGUUUUGUCGAUGUGUACAGCAGCAGUGGAGAUCAGCUCGCGCAGCUUGGUGGCGAUGGAAUCACCGCUGUUCCUGCUGUGGCUGUGUUCCAUCGUAGCAAGAACUGGGUUGCUGGUGGCACUGCUAGUGGCAAGCUCUGUUUAUGGAAGUGA